UCCUUCGACAUCCUAGCGGUCUCGGAUUACGACGAUGCGAUGUCCCCCACUACAACCGCCUCCUUGUCCCGCUCUAUCUCCGAUCCCCCCGCGCUUGGGGACCGCGCGGGAUCAUCUCCCUCGCGCAAGAAGAAGAAGAAGAAGAGCAGAAGAGGAAAAAGCCUCCAGGAGUCGUCGGUGAUUUCUGAGGAUGUAAUGACUGAAGUAUCUGGGAUCAAUGGAGAUGUGAAUUACAGUUGUACGGUGGGUACAGUGACGGAGGUUGCUGUGGUACCGGAUGUUGAUAACGAGGGUGAUUCCGCGGUGCGUACAGUGACACAGCUGCCGCAGUUCGGGGAGUUGAGGCAGAGGAAUGUAGGCAAUGCGAUGAAUGGAGGGAGUACGGAGAUGGUGAGUGAGGAGAGUGGUAAAAACGAUGAAAAGGUGAAGGAAGAAACGGGAGAGGAUCGGAGUGCUGGUACGGAAAUCAGUUCGGACCAGCGAGUGGAGUUGAACGGUAGGAAAUUGGAGAAGGAGGGUACCUUGGAUUGGAAGAAAUUAAUGGCUGAAGAUCCCAAUUAUACAUUUCCCGUGGAGAAGUCACCAAUGAAAUAUUUCAUGGAAGAAAUGUAUGCUGGAAAUGCCUUGCGGAGCACUACCACCAUUGGCAAUGAAAAAGAACGGGAACGAGUUUAUGAUACUAUAUUCCGACUGCCAUGGCGUUGUGAACUGCUUAUCAAUUUUGGCUUCUUUGUCUGCUUCGACUCAUUCCUGUCACUCUUAACCAUCAUGCCAACUAGGAUCAUCAUGACCUUCUGGAGGCUUCUUAAAACCAGGCAGUUCAAGAGGCCUUCAUCAGCGGAGCUCUCUGAUUUUGGCUGCUUUGUCGUCCUGGUUAGUGGAGUCACUCUAUUACAACAAGCAGAUAUCAGCUUAAUUUAUCACAUGAUCCGUGGCCAAGGAAUUAUUAAGCUUUACGUGGUCUACAAUGUCUUGGAGAUAUUUGAUAAAUUAUGCCAAAGUUUUGGUGGUGAUGUAAUGCAAGCUCUGUUCAAUUCAGCAGAUGGACUAGCAAACUGCUCACCGGAAAACAUGCAAUUUUGGUUGUGGAGAUUUAUUUCAGAUGAAGCCUUAGCAGUUGCUUCUUCUAUCAUUCAUUCAUUCAUCUUAUUAGCUCAGGCAAUUACUUUGUCAACCUGUAUAGUUGCUCAUAAUAACGCACUAUUUGCUAUGCUUGUUUCUAACAAUUUUGCUGAGAUUAAAAGCAACGUGUUCAAACGUUAUAGCAAGGACAAUGUUCACAGUUUGGUAUACUUUGAUUCAGUUGAGCGGUUCCAUAUAUCAGCAUUUGUCAUCUUUGUUUUAGCUCAAAAUAUACUGGAAGCUGAGGGUCCUUGGUUUGAAAGUUUUCUUUGUAAUGCGCUGGUUGUUUACAUAUGUGAAGUUAUGAUUGAUAUAAUAAAACACUCAUUUAUUGCUAAGUUCAAUGACAUAAAGCCGAUUGCAUUCUCCGAAUUUCUGGAAGAUCUUUGCAAGCAGACAUUAAAUCUUCAAACAGAGAAUGGGAAGAAGAACCUCACUUUUGUUCCUUUGGCACCAGCUUGUGUGGUAAUUCGAGUACUCCGACCUGUUUAUGCGGCCCAUCUCCCAUAUCAUCCACUUCCAUGGAGAAUCUUUUGGAUUUUAGUGUUGUUAGCCAUGACCUUUGUGAUGCUUGCUAGUCUUAAGAUGAUGAUCGGCUUGGGCCUUCGUAAACAUGCGAGGUGGUAUGUCAGAAGGUGUGAGAGAAGGAAGCUUCACUCUGAUUAAGGCUAUCGUAGAUGUGACAGACAAAAUUCAAGAUUGGCUUUGAUGGAUACUUGUAUAUCUGCAUUGAGAGUUGUCGUGCAACGGGUCAAUUGAUCCUCAGUCCAAAAAGUAAAGCACGUGGCGAAUGGAUAUCAUCAUCACACAGCGCCUGGAUAUCCAUAUCCGUCCAGUUUUGCAUUACAUCACAGGACGACAGAUUGUGGAUGAGUAACAUGUAGGAAGGUAAUAGCAUGGAUUAAUGAGUAAUUUAAGGUUGUACAGUCUUAUCAUGUAUUACUUUCCUCUCAAAGUAAUACUGUCCGCAAAUGGAUGCUAUAUGCUCUUAUAUUUAUCAUAGAUACAUGUUAUGGAAAUAUCAGGAACUGCUGGAGCUAUAUAGCCAGUAGGUUUUGUAGAUUUCUGCAAAAUUCCAUGGAAAUCUUUUCUUCCAAGUGUGCAGAAAGAUUAAUGAUUUUUUUAGAGAUAUUUAUAUUUAUACCCCUUA